AUGAUCUUUUUAAACAUCAUCUCCUCCCCGAAUAGUUUUUUCCUUGUAGAGGCCGGAAUUAAAUUAUUUCCUCCAUCCUUCUCUCAUGCUCCCAGUUUUCUCUUCCGAGAGAGUAUUCUCUAUGAUGUGAGCUCCAAUGUUGGAUUCAAUGAAAUUGAAGGACGGAUUGAGGCUUUGGGUGAUUUUGCCAAUCAACAACAUACCGAUCUUGUUGUUUCUUCGAAAAAUCGAAAACAAAUUAUCAUCUACACGUGGGAUACUUAUCAGUGGAAAUUCAUCAAUUAUACAAGUUUUGAUUAUGAAACAUCAUCUAAAUUCCUGGCCCAUACCAAUGUAGAAAUUGUAAAUAUUGUGGCUUCUGAUUUUAAUUUUGAUGGUGCACUCGAUUUAUUGGUCACCCUUAUUGAUAAAGAUAAUUUUGAUAAUAACAACCCUUCCUAUAUUCAUUCAAUAUUGGUCGGAAAUUUCAAGACACUACGCGAAGAGAAGAUGUUAGAUGAAAAGACAACGGAUCAACUUUUGAUUUUUGACCUUAAUGGUGACUUGUUGCCCGAUUUAUUUGGUACUGAUUUUACAACAAAAAAACGAACCUAUUGGUUGAACAAUAAUACGAAUUAUGAAGCAGGACAAUUAAGCUUUAUCAGACAUCUCCAAGAUAGCAAUUCUGGAUUCACAACCAUUGAUUCUGUCACAAAAACACCUCCUGCUAGCACCAAUUUAAAUCCUCUGGCAUUUCCCAUCUCAACUGCAUCGAUAGAUUUAGAUGGUGAUUGUGGUUCUGACCUAUUUGUCAUGAGCUGCUCAAAACAAGACACUCAUGGUUUUUGUGAAGAGCCCAUAUUCGAAUUUUGGGUCAAUUACAAGGGCAUACUUCAAUUGAAUUCGACUUUGAAUGCACCCAAAGGAGCAGGACGCCCAGUAUUUAUUGAUGUUGACCAUGACGGAGAUUUAGACAUGCUCUAUCCAGUGUGCUAUCCUAUCGAUUCAUGCUCUGAAGUGAAUGAAAUUCACAUCCUCUAUAAUAAUCAACUUGCAUUGUGUAAGAGCAUUGUUGAAAGUAAUUGUCGGUCAUCAUCCAAUUUGUGUUUGAAGAGUAAUUUUGAUUUCAAUCAAAAAGCAGUGCUCUCUUUUCCCAAGGACGACAAUGCCAACAAGAAGAGAAUUCUUCAUCAUUACAUCAAGUCUGACAAGUACAAAUCUUCUCCGCCAUCAUUGAGAGCGGGAGAUUUUAAUUUGGAUGGAUAUCCAGAUUUAGUGGUGAGCAUUGUGGAAUCAGUUGAGCAUGAAGAAAACGGUAUAGAGGAAUCUUAUCAAAUGGUCGGCGUUGAAUUAUGGCAAAAUGUGGAAUGUAAAAAAGAAACAAUAGAUGACGCUCUCUCACUUCAGAAAAAGUCCAAAUGGUUCUCAGAAUCAUCUCAUUUCUCUCGGAAGGCAGCCAACGAUGAUGAAUCUUCCAUCUCAACAACCUUUAAAUGUGACUCCAAUGCAACACCCAGAACCUUUCAAGUUGUUACGAAAGGCGUUGAUGCUUUGAAGACCACCUUUGUCAAACUGCCAUACAACUCCGACAUGAAUGAUAUGCCAUUCUAUGAUGCGUUCUUUCUUGAUAUUGAUGAAACUGGAAUUUUAGACAUUAUCACUCUCUAUAAUGACCCAAAAUCUGGAAACCAAACAUUGAGAGCCUUCUUUAAUUGCUUCUAUAAUGAUGCUUACUUUUUAAAAGUUAUUUCAACGAAUGGAGUUGCCCCUGACGGAACACAAUAUUACUAUGGUGUCAAUGCUCCCAGUAUGACUGUGAAAUUUGUCUCAACCAAGUUAAAUGGAGAGUAUCAGCUCAAUAUGAACUCGUUACUUUCGCAAACAAGUUAUUUAUCAUUACAAACGCCCUAUCAUUUGUUUGGAAUUGGAAGAACCAAUGGUUAUAUUGAGGAAUUUUUCAUUGGUCGUGUCAUGACUAACAGCAGCACGACCACCAACUAUUACGAAGCAAGUGCCAUUAUGCCAAAUUCUCAACUUGUCACUAUUACGACACCACCCGAAGAUACAGACUCAUGGCAAGUACAAUUAUUUGUCAACCCGUCUGCUGCUGCCCUUUGGGUCAUCAUUGCUGAGGUCGUUUCCUUAAUACUUUUAUUUAUUCCCAUUGCCAUUUUGUUUGUUCGAGAAUAUCGACAUGACAAGAAGGAAAAAGAGGAAACAAGUAGAGAGAUUAGUUCUGUAUUUAUUUGA